UCAAUCGUUGCGCCAUUAUGUGUCAAGUCUGCUUGAUCAGGAUAUCAUUCGUCCCGGGGGGGCCUCGGCACUUAGUUCGCUUAACGUCGCGCUAAUUAUUGUUUUCCCUCAGUUCUCAAAUGUUAUGGAUCAGGAUAUCGUUUUCUGCCCAAAGCUUGUGCUGCUAAUGCGGUAGCCGUUGCGCCAGUCGAUGCGCCAAUCGUUGCGCCAGUAUUUGUCGACUCUGCUGGAUCAGGAUAUCAUUCCUUCCGCGGUGGCCCGAGCUCUUGUUGCGUUUACCGUGGCGCUGAUUGUUGGCUUUUCAGUUGUCUCGAGCAGGAUAUCGUUGGUUUGCCGAAAGCCUGUUGUUAAUGCGAAUUGUGGGCAUUCAUGGUUAAGUCUGCUGGAUCAUGAUAGCAGACGUCCUCCAUUGGAAUUGGGCUUCGGUAGCGCUGAUCGUGGCACUAAUCGCUGCGCCUUUAUUUGAACUCUGCGGGAUAAGCCUACCAGUUGAGGUGCGGGGUCUGGGCAUUCAUUGCGCCGUUCGUUGAGCAAGUGUUGAACCGCAGUCUCCCUUCGGCAGGGUGGGGUCGUGGCUCGCCUUGACGAUGGGCUUAUCCAGUAUCGCUUUCCUUUCAGCCUCUUCAGUGGCUCUCCCCCCUGUAUCCAGAGUUUCGCCACUCAAUGCCGAUCUAUUCACCUGGGAACUACGAGAUCACCCGGAUCGGCAAAGAGUGAACUUUAUAAUCAAUGGUAUUCGCCAUGGAUUCAAGGUGGGCUUUAAUCAGAUCCCGUCUCUUCUUUCCGCUCGGCGUAAUAAGAAAUCGGCCGUUGACCAUCCCGCAGUCGUCGAUCAGUACUUGGCCAACGAGGUUGCAUUGGGCAGGGUGGCAGGCCCCUUUAAACAAUGUCCCAUGCGGGACUUGCAUGUAAGCAGCUUCGGAGUUAUCCCUAAGAGCGGUCAACCAGGCAAGUGGCGCUUAAUUGUGGACCUGUCAUCUCCGGGGGGUUCCAGUGUGAACUAUGGUAUAGACGUGAAUGAUUGAUCGCUUCAGUAUAUUAGAGUCGAUGAUGUCAUCAGAAUGGUUAGUAAUUACGGUCCAGGAGCCCUGAUAGCCAAGUUCGAUGUCCAGUCCGCCUAUCGCAACGUUGCAAUUCACCCUUCUGAUCGUCAUCUCCUUGGCAUGAAAUGGCGUGACAGAUACUACGUCGAUUUGGUGCUUCCCUUUGGCCUUCGGUCGGCACCAUUUAUCUUUGACUCCAUAGCGUCUGUGGUAGAAUGGAUCAUGCUAAAUAAUCAUCGAGUGUCAGACUUGGUACACUAUUUAGACGACUUCAUCACGACUGGACCUCCUGGCACGGAUCUGUGCGCCUCAAAUCUCAAGAAUGCAGUGGAAUGCUGCGCGGCAUUGGGCCUCCCACUUCACCCGGAUAAGUGCCAGGGCCCCGCCACAACUCUUGUCGUUUUAGGGAUCAAGCUAGACUCGGUCAAUCGGGUUGCCCGCCUCCCAGUGGACAAACUCGCUAGCUUGCGUGCGCUUAUCGAUUCGUGGACCAAGCGUCGAGGGUGUCGAAGGCACGAGUUGGAGUCCUUAGUUGGCCAUCUCCAUCACGCUGCAAAAGAUGUUUGGCCAGGGUGGGCAUUUCUCCGCCGCAUGAUCAAAUUACUGUGUUGCUUUAGAGACCGCGACCACCCAAUCCGUCUCAAUGCGGAGUUUCAUCUGGACCUUGCUUGGUGGAACCAGAUUCUGGAAUCAUGGAACGGCGUAAGCUUCUGGCUUUACCCGGGCAUGACCCCCCUGGCAUCAGUCGAGGUGACAUCGGAUGCUGCGGGUUCGUUGGGCUACGGUGCUUUCCUCGACAGGGAGUGGUUCAAUGGCAUAUGGAGCGAUCGUCAACGCCCGCAGUCGAUAGCUUACAAAGAGCUCUUCCCAGUGGCGAUUGCAGCUCAUCUGUGGGGCCGUUAUUGGUGUAGACAACACGUGGUGUUUCGUUCCGACAAUGAGUCCGUUGUGGCCAUCCGUCUGUUUAGCUUUCCGGUUGCAAAUAAAGUAUAAUGUUUGUCACUGGUGGUCUAUAUGCUUUGGGGGUGCUUGAGAUGGUAUGGUGUCGUUGGUGUCCCUGGUAACCUGGCCACAGGGUCCCAGGGUCCUCUCCAAGCACCCUCGGAUCGUUGGCGGUGGACUGUGGCCCGGUUGCCAUGGUCACCUAUGCGAAGGGGCUGGUUAGGCGUGACCACUCCUUCCUCGUACCUGGCACUCAUGCCAAACUUAUCAUUACGAUGAGUUUUAAUUCAGCCUGAAUGUAAUUUAGGCAAAGUUAAAACCGAGUCUAAUCGGUCAGCGGUGAACCACCGAACAGCAUGGGAGGGACCCCCUGGUGGUUCAGGGGUAUUGGUAGGGUUUGCAGUGUGGCAGCUUUGUCAUUGUGUUGUUGUUUGAGCAAGCGGCAAUAAUAUUUCUCCCCUCCCACCCACCUCUCUGUUCAAAGGACUAGCGUGUGAUGGUAAGUAUCUCCACCUCUUAAGGUGUGACGGGUGCCAGGUAGCGGUGGACUGUGGCCCGGUUGCCAUGGUCACCUAUGCGAAGGGGCUGGUUAGGCGCGACCACUCCUUCCUCGUACCUGGCACUCAUGCCAAACUUAUCAUUAGGGUGAGUUUUAAUAUUAGAUACAAAAAAACUUUAUUAUUUCCGUUCUUAUGUGGACUGUACAAAUCGAUUUUAGAUCAAGCUUAUAGUAUUUAAUAUUAGAUUUAAUUUGCAUAAAAUGCUUACAUUUGAUAAUUUCUCUCGAAACAGAAGCUUGCAGUAGUACACUUACUUUACAACAAGAAAAUGAUGAUUUAGAAUGAAUACAGGAAGAUGUCGAAGCAGAUCAUGACCACCACGAAAGUCUAGAAGAGACUAUAAAACGAUGUCAAGAGAUUGUAGAUUCUAGUAGUAUGUGGGGACUAUGGAUAGACGACUCAUUAUAUUCAUAGAUUCAAGAAAUGCAAUAACCAUGGAAA